GGCGCAGAGGAUGGCGAGGAAGACGACGACGACAACGACCUGGAUUUCGGUGAUGUUUCGUCGCCUACAAGAAAGAACCUCUUGAAGCGUCCUCUGCGGGCUGUGCUUGCUGGUGCGGGUGGAAAAGAACAAGGAAAACAACAGGCCAACGGGCCCCAAGCUCAAGAUGAAAGCGCUCAGUGGUCGGCCACUGCCCGUCCGGUCGGCCCCAAUGGUACACCGGUUGAUAUUGUAGCUGAACCCGGUCCCGGGCGGGUCGUCACGAUGAACAACACAACUGCCACGACAGCGUCGACGUCAACGAAAAUUUUACAGAAGAAAAAAGCUCCAAACAGUUCCGGGGGGCGAGAAGAACAAUUAUCCAUUUCAGCCCAACCCCAAAGAUUAUCAGCAGAACUAGCCAUGAAAGAACAGCAGGCACUUGCGGGUAUCCGCAGACGGGCGGUGGCAGGCUUUGAGGAGGAGGUGGGCGAUGAGGAGGAAGAAGAGGAGGAGGACCUGGACGAGCACGCCUUACACGACGGCUUUUCACCACUGCUAGCCGCUGGAUCACGUAGCACCAGCAGCAAAGGCAAACAAGGGAACGCAAAAGCAAAUGUCGCGCGAAUAAAAGUGCUUGGUAAAAAAGGUGACGACCGAGCACAGCAAGAGCAGCUUGGGACCAGUGUCGCGGCGAAAGCGGGAAAAACCAGAACCGAUGUGGGUGCUGUGAAAUUCAACAGCAAUGUGGUGGAUGAGACGGCACAGGCGGGGGACUACGAGGAGGAGGAGGAGGAAGUUAUCCUUGCAAUAAAAUUUUGAGUCAAAUACAAACGUGGCACACGACGACCCUGUGUUUUUUUAAGUAUGAGUGUGCGCAAAAUCAAUCAAUGCAUCGUGACAGAGACAGACACAGACCCUGUGUCAAGGAACAUACUUGUCAGCGGAGCACACGCACAGCUCCUGCUCGCACUCAAUGAAUGAUAAUGCCUCAUGGGCAUGCGGUUUUUUUCUUCGCAAAGCGGUAUAAAAGAAGGUGCGUAGCAGUUGCUAAAGAACAAGAAAGCCACCACUUUCUACAGAACUAUGUUGUGUUGCGUCUUCAAGCUCUAUUAAUGCAGACCGUUUGGUGCAGUUGACUCAAGAUUUUCCCAGGAUACAGUAGGAAGAGGACAUUGACGAAGAGGAGGAGCAGGCGUUCUCUCUGGGAACGAAUCCUCUCCUCACGGGCAAGCGUAAGCGAACAAGACAAGGCCCUUUGGCUGUAGCCGACGAGAACGAUGAAAGCCCACUCGAAGAACAAACCGCACACCAGAUAAAGAACGCGGCUUCUGGAGCAGAGAAACGUCAAGCCAGAACCAAGAAAAGCAAAGUCAGCAACUUUUUCCAGGGCGCCGAGGAGGAGGUGCUGGAGUACCUGAAUCAAAUCAGACAAAACGAGGACGACCACCAUCGAGAAGCAAAUCUGAACAGCGUGGCGCUGAGCGCAAUCUUGAUGAAACAGAACAAGGGGAAGAUGAACAAGAAGAAAGCGCAAGAACAGUACAACACUGACUCAGUGGAUGUUGAACAAGAAGUAGGGACUUCUAUGACACCCACCACCGCGACGAUCAGAUCAAACGCUCCUGGAGAAGCAAAUACAACGAGCAGUUUUUUCGAACAGAAGCUCCUCCAGAUGGACCAGGCGAUGCGUGAGAGGGAGGAAGAACAGCGGCAGAAGUGGGUCGAAGCAAUGUCGGAAACCUUGACGAGGCACGCGAAGGGAUUGCAGCACCCUGGUAAUGUUUUUUCAGAAGAUCAUCCGCGCGACGGGGCUGAGGGCGAUCCAGCAGCGGGCAAGAACUACAGAGAUGAGGAAUCAAUGUCGGGAGUAGCUGCAGCAAGCAGGAAAAGUCGUAGCAACAGUAAAAACAAGCCAAUCCAGAUCAACAUCAAUUUGACGGGGCAACAAUUGGUGAACUCCGGAAGUGCUAGUGCAGCUGCCGCUCAGGAGAAUAUCGAGGACUUCGAUGAUCAAGAUGAACAGUACGACGAGCGUGGCGAAGAUCAUGUGGCGGUUGAAAAUAGUCCGCAGUUUGUCGAUCUACCCAAUGCAGCCGGGCGUUUGCAAAUCAACGACAAGCGGGGCGAGCUCCUGCGGAACAAAGUUUUUGGAGCAGCAAAAAGUGCAACGCGAAACACGACGAAUGACAAGCACUAUCACCCGCCGCCCAACCGUAUUCUGGGUAGCAGUUCCACUUCCGGCGGUGGCGGAGCAGGGGGAAAAAAUAUCAUGAAGCCACCGUCGCACAACUUCCGACACGGAGCAGCGGCCAUGAUGCACGCCGCACACGCGUUGUCUUCGCCCUCGGGCCGUGGGCCGCUGUUUGGGCGGUCGACGGUGGACACUGCGACCCCAGGAGCUCCUGCUGACGUCGGAGAUGCACAGCGGUUGAAAACGAAAAGCAAAUCGAAGUCCAAUUCUGCUAACACUAACACGAGUCCUCCGCCACAGCCGGGGCGAAUCCCCGGGUUCAGACCCGACCCGUGGUCCUUGCCGAAAUCGUUUGAAGCCAGCCGGUUGGAGCUGGAAAAGGAGAUCAAAAGCGCUGGUAAUACGCACGCACGACAGCACCACCCGGCAGAGCUGGACCAGAUGAAAAAACAGCUGGCAGAAAUGACUAUGGCGUUCUCAAACGUUACAUUCUCAGCUGUUACAUGAAUUUGUCACGCAAAAGCACCUUAAGCCGGCAGAUCAUCGAGCUGCUUCGCAUGACAAAUUUCGGAAGGGCUAGAUAGCAUCUAAAUCUGCGCCAAACUUGUAAUGCAAAAGGCGCAAUCUUCCUCCUUUCACUUUUGCCAGUCUUGCAUUACAAAUUCAUGUAACAGUUGAGAAUGUAACAGUAACACUUGCGAACUCCAUAAUGACGAACUUGGAGUUCGAACUCCGGUAAGUGAUGCAAAUUUGGUCUGGGGUUCUGGUGGAAGGACGUCGUGAGGUGGACUGAAUAAACUAGUGAAAGUGAUGCUCCAGAAGAAUCCGGAGCAGAAAAAACCUGUCAUGCUUGAACAGCAAAUCAUGAAUUGAAUAGAGCCUUUCACAGCAAUGACAAGGCAAAUUCCAUGCAGGGUCGAGGUCGUCAGAACGACUCUUGCGGAAGAUGAACAACAGCGCUCGCCUUUAACAAAAAGGAGCUGUCAGUGAAGUAAUCGUUUGCGUUUCAAUAUUGUCAUAUUGUGGCUGCAUCACGAGGACAGACGGACCUUAACAGUCAGCGUCUAAAGAUAUGCAUGAUAAACUAACCCGCUUUAUUCGUCCUUCCCAAAGAGCCUAGACAUGAUCUUUCUUGCUGUUUAUACGCAGUACAACCGCGAAGCGGCUUCUUCCGCCUUGGAGGGUGAGAUGCAUGUCCGAGAUCUGGAGGAGCUAUCCUGUGCAAAAGCAUCGGACUCGUACUAAUUGCAGAUAUGCAUGACAAAUCCAAUUUUCUACCUGAAAUAGCAUUACAAAUUGCAUUUGUGUCCUUGGAAAAAUUUGUAUAUGCAAUUUAUACUAGUACGAUACUUUUGCAGUGCAUAGGAGCAUUACCUGAACGAAACGGAGCUGAUCUCCGACAUGAAUAUGAUGUUGUCAAACGUUACAUUCUCAACUGUUACGUGAAUUUGUAAUGCAAGAAUGGCAAUAAACGUGAAAGAGGAGAGCUAGCGCGUCCUGCAUGACAGAUUUGGCACAGAUUCUCGGCCUGUUUGGCUCUUCGAGAAUUUGUCAUGCGACGCAGCUCGAUCAUGUAAGUAGAUACUGAUGGCAGUUCUGCAUUACAAAUCGCGUAACAGUUGAGAAUGUAACAUUUGAGAGUCCCAUAAUGAAGGACGCCUUACUGGGCCGCAUGCGGCACUACAGCGGUGCAGUUUGGGAGCAGCAACAGACAGGCGGUGCGGCGCUCCUGGACGAGGGCGGCGGGGGCGAUUUUAGUACUGAAGAUUCACCCGCUUAUUUGACAACGCCCGGAGCUGGUACAGCCGUCGGGGGGUACUACAACAGCACUGGUGCACAUGAUGAGGACCUUCCCCCAGCAUCCGAGUUGUAUAUGCAAGCGCCGUCAAGAAGCAAGAGCGUUCCUGUUUCCGCCCUAGCGAAUGCCGACCGCAGUUUCGGCAGCCAGCUCGAGUCCCUCGACAGCCGGCGUUUUCUGAACCGGACGGAGUGCGACUUCAAGAAUGUGCGUUUUGAGUUUGGGCGGAAUCACUUCGCGCAUUACGAUAACCAAGCCGCGACUGGCGGGUUGCGGAACCACCGGAAGGAUUUACUGCAGGCCAUGCGGUUGGGGGAAAGCAUUGCGAGGGAGUUGAACCUGGACAACAAUACCAGCAGUGGGCUUGGAGCGAGGACAGGAGGUACACGACCUGAGAGGAAUGCAGAAGUUCAUCCAGAUAAUACUGCUGGGGGUGCGGAAGAAGAUUCUGGUAGCACUACUACAUCAACCCGAAAAGUUGUAAAUCGUAGUACCGGCGGGUUUGGUAGUUUGGACCGCGACUGGAAGCAGGUGCACUUUGACUACAUCGCAAACCGGAGCUUUAACCAGUACCGAGAGUUCGAAGCGCAGCAGGUCGCGGCGCUAGGGUUAGGGCAAAAUGGUACAGAAGACGAGGUAGACCAGUACCACGCUGACCAAAAUGACAACUUGAGAAGGCCGAAGCCGCUACCGCCCCGCUAUGCGUCUCCGUUUGGGGAAGAGGAGGGGGAAAGAGGAGCGAUUGUGAAUUCGGUCGAAGCAAUUGAUCAGGUUUUCGCUGCGUAGCAAAGAAGCAGCAAAGCACAAGCUGCAGCCGAACCUGUUGCAAGAUGUGUCAGAAUGAAAUGGACCUCGCGACUUUAAUACCAUACGUGAAAAAUAAAAGGUAUAAAUGAAGAAAGUUAACUAGAAGGUGACUCAGAACUCCAACUCGCAUUUAUUACGUCAGGGC